AUGUCCGGAAGCGUGUCCAUGAUCACCGUUCAGGAGAAGGAGCGCCAGGAGUACAACUCGGUGAUGGCGCAAAUAGAAGCCUCAGCUCUCAAUGCCUUUCAGGGCGACAUUGCCCGAAAUCCGUCCCUUGCAAAAGAGGCGCCUCAGCUUUCCUCCGCCAGCAUCUCAAAAGGAGCACAAGCAAGUGCGCCGGCAACGGUGUCUACAAACCGAUUCGGCCAGAGCUUCAGUGACUCGGGUGAAUCAGAGACGCUGGUCAACGGAAAGAAGCGCGCUCUGGAGACCAUUUCCAAGGCGUUUGAGCGAAAGAGCAAGUGGCUGGAGGCAAAGACGGCCGAGGGGACGACGUACUACUGGAACAAGGACACCCUAGAAACGAGACACGAGCCACCUAAAACGGGCUUCCUCAGCAUCGCCGAGCAGAAUCAGUUUGGCAGUUCAGCAGCAGCAGGAUCUGCAACGACAGCAGGUUCUUCGGAGCUUUCUCACGCCCGACUAUCUAAUCAGUACCUUCGCGGCGGCUGGAAGACGGUGAAGAAGGAGGAAGAGCUGCACGCCAUCGACCUGCAGCUGCCGACGCAGGACGUGUCGCAGAUCAUGAUCGACUUUAGGCAGCAACAGCAACAGCAGCAGCAGCAGUCUUCAAGCAACGAAGAGUCGAAGGUUAAGAAAGAGGAGGAAGAGGAAGAGGAGAAGAAGGGAGGUGAGGAUAAGGCGGAUGUGAAAGCUGAAGCCGAGGAAAGGCGGCCACCGGCGUUGCGAGAGAAGACCGUCGCUGACCUGAAGCGGCCUCUGGGCGGCGGCAAAGCCUCCGACGCGCCCGUCUCCUUCAAGAAGCGAACCACCGUCAAGAGGAGCAUUCGCUCGCGCGAAGCAGACGAUUAG